AUGACUCCUAAACUUUAUCACUUCCCAAUUAGUGGCCCUUCUCGUGGUGCUUUACUUGCAGCAAGAGCUGUUGGAAUCCCAAUACAAAUAGAAAUAAUAGAUUUAUUCAAAAAGGAGCAACUGAAAGAAAGUUUCCUGAAGAUUAAUCCACAACACUGUGUUCCAACUUUAGAAGAUGAUGGUUUCAUAUUAUGGGAAAGUCGUGCGAUUGCUUGUUAUUUAGCCGACAAGUUUGGUAAAGAUGAUCAACUUUACCCAAAAGAUUUAAAGCAACGUGCUAUUGUGAAUCAGAGGUUGUAUUUUGAUAGCUCUUUACUAUAUAUCAAAAUAAGAGCAAUAUGUUUUCCUAUUUUGUUCCUUGGUGAAACAGAAAUAAAACAAGGUGUCAAGGAUGAUCUAAAUAUAACACUAGGUUUUCUUGAUGAAUUCCUUAAAGGAGGCAAAUGGGUAGCAGGCGACCAUAUAACUAUUGCUGACACCUCUAUUUAUGCAUCUAUGUCAAGCAUACUUGCUGUUGGGUGGGACAUUUCCAAAUUUCCUAACAUUCAACGCUGGGUUAAAGAUUGUGCCGUAUUGUCUGGGUAUGAAGAAAAUCAAGAAGGAGCUGAAGCUUUUGGAGCUGCUGUAAAGAAAAAUCUUAAACAAUGA